AACCAGACGACAACAAAAAGCGCACGAGACAUCACAGACGGCAGGAAGCGUCUCUUGUUGUGUUUAAAGAUUUACUGCAGCUCUACCAUGCCCGUGGCCUCCACCAGGACAGAGCCUGUGCCCCAAGUGUUGGACGCAAUGAGCGACAGCACGGCCAGCUCCACCACAGCCAAUGACCUGGACCUCAUUUACCUCAAAGGCAUCAUGGAAAGCCCCCUGGAGCAAGAGGAGAGCCUGAAGGAGCCACGGUUGUCACCCGUGAGGGAGAAUAAUGUGGAGCUCCUGCAGGAGAUCCUGAGAGACCUGGACCCAUUCACCAAUCGUUCUGACACCGCAGCCGAGCUUGCUCGCAUUCUCACGCAGCCUCACUUCCAGUCUCUGCUGGAGACACAUGAUUCAGUGGCAGCUCAAGCAUGUGAAAGUCCACCUCCCAGCCCAUGUGACUUUGUGGAUCAUGAACCAGAAGACAGCCAAGCACACAACCACCUUCCACCUGAUGCCAUCCGCAUGGUGGGCAUACGCAAAAUAGCCGGGGAGCAUCUGGGUGUGACAUUCAAGGUGGAGGGUGGGGAGCUGGUGAUAGCUCGUAUUCUUCAUGGUGGGAUGAUAGACCAACAAGGGCUGCUGCACGUCGGCGAUAUCAUCAAAGAGGCGAAUGGACGAGAAGUGGGCAGGGACCCCAGGGUUUUACAGGAAGAGCUGCAAGCAGCUAGUGGAAUUGUGGUUCUGAAGAUACUGCCAAGUUAUCAUGAAUCCAUACCACCUGUACAGGUAUUCUUUAAGUGUCACUAUGAUUAUGACCCAGCCAACGACAACCUGAUUCCUUGCAAGGAGGCGGGGUUAAGGUUUGAGACCGGGGAUAUCCUGCAAAUAGUCAAUCAGGAUGAUGUCAACUGGUGGCAGGCACGUCAUGUGGAAGGUGGGAGUGCUGGGUUAAUCCCUAGUCAGAUGCUUGAGGAAAAAAGGAAAGCUUUUGUCAAGAGAGAUGUGGAGCUGGCACCUGCAGGAAAUCUGUGUACUGGUGUUGGAGGAAAGAAGAAGAAGAAGAUGAUGUAUGUGACCACCAAAAAUGCAGAGUUUGACAGACAUGAGAUACUGCUCUAUGAGGAGGUGGCCAAGGUCCCACCUUUCAAGAGGAAGACUCUGAUUCUGAUAGGUGCUCAAGGUGUGGGGAGGCGGAGACUAAAGAAUAAGCUUCUACUGAGGGAUCCACAGCUCUUUGGGACCAUAAUUCCAUACACCUCCAGAAAACCCAAAAAGGGAGAGCGAGAGAGUCGGAUGUUUGCUUUCACUACCCGCAGCAAAAUGGAAACAGACAUCAAGAACGGGCGCUAUCUAGAACAUGGAGAGUAUGAGGGCAACCUGUACGGCUUGAAGAUCGACUCCAUACAUGAGGUGGUGGAGGCAGGGCGGGUCUGCAUACUGGACGCCAACCCUCAGUCUCUCAAAGUUCUGCGGACCUCUGAGUUCUUGCCCUACAUCGUGUUCCUUCAAGCUCCAGAGUUCGAGGUGCUCAAGGCCAUAAAUCAGUCAGCUGCAGAGGCAGGGGUCGUCACCAAGACGCUGAUGGAUGAAGAGCUGCAGAGGACGUGCGAUGAGAGUGCUAAAAUCCAGACAGCUUAUGGUCACUACUUUGACCUCAGCAUUGUCAACGACAACCUCGACGAGACAUACCGCACCGUCAAAGCAGCGCUGGAAACGGUUUCCAAAAACCCCCAGUGGGUCCCGGUCACCUGGGUGUUCUAGAAAGAGACGUGCUGGACUGAGGAGGGAGGGAACAAGAAAGGAAGCAGGCACUGAAAAUAUUCCACUGAGUAUAAAUGAUGGGUAAUGACUUUACAGGAUAACUUCUCAAAUUUCCAUAAUUUAAACAGGAUAUAUUUUCAGUGCUGCAAAGAAAGCGUGGAAUUGAAGAAGGAAAGAGAUGAACGAGGAGGUGGAAAAAAACCCUUCAUUUCAAAAAGUGUGCAUAUGCAUGUGUGUUCCUGUUUACAUAGAGACUUCAGAGCAAAGACAUGUGCCAUUACUGAUGAUUAUCAUCAGACAUUGUCAUUGUUUACAUUUUUUGCAUUUAAUCAGUGCCAUCUCAGUGUAACUCAGUGCCAUUAGGAACAAGCAAGCUCCAUCUUUCACUUUUGUAAGUGUACAGUUUCUCAUCAUGAAAUCAAAAAUAGUUUCCCACUGCCUUCUACAGUGAAUGUGGAUGUUUUGCAUAAAGGUUAAGUUGUAUAAGGUUUCCUAUCAAUCCCCUCACACCCAUGGGUAAAGCUUUUUUCAGGUUAAGUCUGGUGAGGCCGUCAUAAUCUUUAAAAAAUGUCUCUUGUUCUGGAGUUGGUUGAAAAGUGAAAGGACAUCUCUUUCAGGCUUUUAAAAAGAUUUGAUUUCAACUUUUAUUGGUUAGAGACACUAAUCACUGAGCAAUAGCAUCUAAAUGGUACAUGACCAUCAGUGGCAAUAACAGAUUCAAUUUGUUUGAAAAGUCAAAGUUAACAUCACAUCCAGACCAGGGGUCUCAAACUCCAGUCCUCGAGGGCCGGUGUCCUGAACCACGUAUACCUGUUGCAACACAACUGAAUACAAUUAGUAGGUCAUUAGCAAGAGUAUAGCACUUGACUAUAGAACUUGACUGCAUGCAACCCCUAACCCUACUAAAUUUGAGUAAUGUUGUUUGGAAAAAUUUACUUCUAAAAGUACUUUUAUUGCUCCAUGUUCAUUCACUCAUGAGCUGCUGUAACGUGAAUCAAAUAGCUGAAUAGCCACUUCAGUCCUCAAGGACUAGAGUUUGAGACCCCUGAUCUCGAUCAAAACCUAGCAUGAAACCUCUCAGCCAGGUUUAAACAGAAAGAAACAUUUUUUCUAGAUAUCUUCACCUAUCAUAAAAAAACAGCUCGUCACAUUUCACUAUAAUCUCAUUUUAACUUUGUUUCAGUGUGCGGCACAGUCGCUUCAUUAACAGUUUUUCAAUAAGUAGCAUACUGGGUGGGUCACAUGGAUUAAACUAUGAUUUAGAGAACAAAAAAGAAUCAACGAAUAUCUUCUUCAUCCUAUGGAGCAGGUGCUGAAAAAAAUAGGACAAAGAAAUAAAUGAGAAGUCUGGAGCUCUGCAUUCAGCUGUUAACUGUUUUUCUUAAAUCAUGAUUUACUCAUAAUGCUGGCCUCUUCUCAUGGUUCUGUUACUAAACCUGAAGCCUCUUUAAUUCAGUUCCAUGUCUAAAUGUGAAUGUGGCCACUAUUAAGAGCAAAUCAUAGAAUGAGUCUUAGGAGAUACACUGUUCAUUUAAAACAGAACUCCAGGCCUCAAGAGCCGGUAUCCUGUAGGUUUUAGAUGUCCUUGAUCCAACACCGCUGAUUUAAAUGGCUAAAAUCAACAUGUCUUGAAGUUCUCCAGAGGCCUGGUAAUGAACUAAUCGUUUGAUUCAGGUGUGCUGACCCAGGGUGUUGUCUAAAACCCUACAGGCCUGAUUUAAAACAUCACCAUUUACUUGAUGAUUUUUUAUUUGAUUUCUGUAUAGGUUUCUCAUCAUAUUCCAAAUUUAAUAAUUGUUCGCAGACACUGAAAAAUUCCUGUAAGAAUUCAGUCAACUCACUCCGUAACAUUUUGACAGCUAAUUUUGAGUUUCAGUCUUUUAACCAUUUAGUUGUAGAUGUAUUUUAAGCUUCUAACCUCUUUUAAUUUUAGUGUAGUUUUAGUCGACUAAGUAUCAUAAGAGUACAGUAGGCUAAUCCUGAAGUUGAGUGACUUCAUUUAAAUAUAAAGUGUAAAAGUAUUUUACCAGUAAGAGUUGCUCCAAAUGGUUACAAAGCAUCUUAUUUUCCUCAAUAUCCACUUUAUGUCUAUGUCUCAUCUUCUCUUCUACUCAAGUGUUGACAUUUUGUUUUGUUUUCAUGACAAACAGGGAGCUUCCCUCCAACUUACCCUGUUAGUCAGCAGCAGAUGAAAUACGCACAACUAACCUGACCGAAAAAGAGAGAGAUUAUUUCUAAUUGGAUCGCCUCCUUUCUGCCCAGUAUAUAUUCAAUGACAACAGUGUCAAUACACUUUGUCAUAGUUUUUCUCCUCGAGCAUUCUUUUUUAUUUAGUUGUCAUCAUGUUUUAGGAAAACUAUGAUAGAAAUUAUUGGUCAUAGAGAUAAACAAAUACAAAUUUUAUUUGUCACAUACACAGUACAACAUAUAGUGAACAUGUAGUGAUAUGCUUGUGUCCUGAAUGACUGAUAUUUAACUGUGCAUCAUUUAUGCUGAUAACUUCUAGGACCAAAUAUGUUUGGUUGUUAUAGGUGGAUCUAGACCUAGAGUUCAACUAAACAUACAGAGUGUCAAGAAUAUGGAAUAAAAGUGCACACAUCAGGAAGAAAUCAAACAAACACAAGCUGUGAAACCGUACAUUGAAGUCAUUGUACAAAGCUUUCUUUCACCAGAAUGAGUUAUUCUGUUUCACUCAUCCUGUCAUUCUCAGUUAGCACUUUUCAUUUUGAUGUGUCUGUGAUUUUUUUGUUUUUGUUUUUUGUAUUUCUUGCGUGAGCUGUAAAAAGGUUGUAGAUAGAAUGUAGAUACACAAUCAUAUAGAAGGAAUGAUGCUCCCCCCUCGUAUUUACAGUAUGAGACAUGUCAGUGGUAGCCUCAGAGUGAAGACCACAGCAGCUGACCUACAUCAAAAUAAAUGUAAAACAGUAUUUUCACCAUUUUGAUGUCAACACAGUGUGUUGUCUUUUGUCUGUUUUUUGUUUUUGCCCUUCAGUUGUAGUGUCACUCUCAGGCCACCGUACUUGUCACAGUUUCCACAGUGCCAACUGAAGUAAAACAAAUCAUUGUAUUUAUUUUUUAAUUUCAUGUGUUUUUUGUGGCAGCUACUCAGUAUUUUGAUGCACAAUCGCUUAGCGAUAUAAGAAAAUUUGGUGUUUAACAGUGAACAGAGUCUGGUUCUUUAGGCUGUGUUAGGGGAGCAGUUUUUAGUCAGUCUUUGUAAAUAACAUUUAUAUUUAUGCUCUAGUUUUUAAAGAUGGCUUCAGAAAAGCAGAUUUUUGCCUGGCAGCUAUACAUGUGACGUCUGAAUAUGCUGGAAUAAAACCAUCAUUACUCUUGAGGACAUUCCAAAACCUCACUGUGUGCUUUUUUCAAUGAAAUGUCAUGAAUGCAACGGUAACGAUCAUCAAAUCACAAAAAGAUUUGAUGAUCUUGCGAUAAUAGACUUUCCUGAAGGCAAAACAACAAAAUCUUUGCAGUCAUGCAUUGAAUUAGACGGUGAAUCAGUGUUGAACCUUGGAAUUAUUUUGUAAGGCUGCUAUUAGUGAUGCUUCUGUCUCUACAGAAUAAAUGAUUCAAUUAUAA